AUGGAGGACUUUCCUGAUGUGGUGUUAUCUGAAAUCUUUAGCUAUUUAGACGCAGUCUACUUGCUACAGGCUUCCCAAGUAAACAAGACAUGGAAUUCAUUGGCAAGCUCAGAUUCCCUGUGGAGGAAAUUGUGUCUGAAGAAAUGGCGUUACAGCGGCUCCCUCUGCGAGCCCAGGAACUUGACAUGGAAGAAGUUCUUCCUUGAGCGAACAAAACAAGAACGUCAGGCAGUUAUCUGGAGCAGCCCAGCCCAGGACAGCAUCAUCGAGAAACUGGCGACUGUCCCCCAGCUGGGCCUGGCUAUCACAGUGGAUUCCAGUUCCAAAGUCAAAGUGUGGAACUGUCGAGACCCUGAUGCUUUGGCCACUCGUGUCCUGCCUGCAUCCUGUGGUUACUGUGGUGGUGUGGCUGCUUUUCUCACAAAAGAUGGCCCUAUCCUGUUGAUCUUUUCCUCAGAGUGCUUAAUGAAGACACCCAGAGGCAGCAGCCCUGUGUAUUUCUCUGUGCCGUUUGCCUCAAGCAUCCAAGCUGGCUGGAACCCCAGGCGGGAAAACAGGAUCACGGUGUUGUACCGUGCAGGCAGUACUGGUGGAAAAACCGCCGGAUUUGUGACCUUUGAUGUGACCAAGGAGAUGGCGGGAGGUAGCACUGUCAUCCUGGGAGGCUUGUGUGUAUUUUGCAUGAAACCGGGACAUCAGAUCGCCCAUUUCCUGCUGCCGGGUAACAUGAAGAACCCGCGCUGGAUGGGAGUCAGUGAAAACGAUGUGGUGGUUUUUGGGAGUGGAAACGGUCUGCAACUCUUCAGUAUCUACGGCAAUAAACUGCUGCACUUUGACCACACAAGCUAUGUCAGUCAGCUAUUGGUGGACUCUGUCCACGUCAUUGCCUGUGUGUGGCGCUCUGCACCUGUACCUGUGGGAGGAGGCCGGCCACGCCCCGUACCUCAAGAGCUGCUGUGUCCUGAGGUUCCAGGAAAAGGAAUUUUCCACAAUCUUGAAGUAGCCCUCAGGGCUAUUCCUGCCCCGGCCCUGAACCCCACCGCCAUGAGUUUUUAA